AUGGGGAGCUCGUGCGUGAACCUCUCCCGCGCCGUCGCGGCCGCGAGGCGCCCGGGCUUCGCCACCGCCGGUGGCGCCGGCGGCCACGGGAGGAGCGUGGUUGCAUUGUCGUCGUCGUCGUCGUCGAGGAGGCGCACCGCGGCUGACGGUGGCGUGUCGUGCGGCAUCGCCAACGGGUACCUGGGCGGCUCCUCGGGCGGGUCGCGGCCGCCUUCCUUGCCGGUGCACGGCAAGAGCUCCGGGCCCGGUUCGGCGCGGGAGGCGGGUGGUGAUCACGAUCGCGCUGACGGGCUCGGGAUCCAGGAGUUCCUUGGCGGCAAGAACUUCCUCAUCACCGGCGGGACCGGCUUCCUAGCAAAAGUUCUGAUCGAGAAAAUCUUGAGGACGAACCCUGACGUGGGCAAGAUGUACGUGCUGAUCAAGGCCAAGGACAGCGAGACGGCACUGCAGAGACUGCAAAAUGAGGUGGUAGACACGGAGCUGUUCAAGCGCCUGCAGGAGAUCCACGGGGACGACUACCACGGAUUCAUAACCAGGAAGCUUGUCCCCGUAGUUGGCGACGUCCGGGAGGCCAACAUCGGCAUUGCCCCCGAGCUGGCCGAUGAGAUCGCGGAGCGGGUGGACAUCAUCGUCAACUCCGCCGCCAACACCACCUUCGACGAGAGGUAUGAUGUUGCCAUGGACAUCAACACCGUGGGGCCGUUCCGGAUAAUGAGCUUCGCGCAUCGGUUUCGAAGGCUGAAGCUCUUCCUGCAAGUGUCGACAGCGUAUGUGAACGGGCAAAGGCAGGGUGUCGUGCUGGAGAAGCCAUUUCAGUUGGGUGACACCAUAGGGAAAGAGUCAGCUGGAUCCUCGGAUUCUUCGGAGCAGCACAAGAACGCCGUGCUGGACAUCGAGGCGGAGAUCAAGCUGGCCUUCGACUCGAGAAGGCGACCCGACGAUGACUCGGCUUCUUUCUCUCAGGAGAUGAAGGAUCUAGGGCUAGAGAGAGCGAAGCUCCAUGGGUGGCAAGACACCUAUGUGUUCACCAAGGCCAUGGGGGAGAUGGUGAUCAACAGCAUGCGAGGGGAGAUCCCCGUGGUCACCAUCAGGCCCAGCGUCAUCGAGAGCACCUGGAGAGACCCCUUCCCGGGCUGGAUGGAAGGGAACAGGAUGAUGGACCCUGUCGUCCUCUACUACGGCAAAGGCCAGCUGAGCGGGUUCCUCGCCGAUCCGGCCGGAGUCCUAGACGUGGUUCCGGCGGACAUGGUGGUGAACGCGACGCUGGCGACGAUGGCGAAGCACGGGCGGGCGGCGGAGGGGGGAAUGCACGUGUACCACGUGGCCUCGUCGACGGUGAACCCGCUGGUGUUCGGCGACCUGAGCCGGUUCCUGUUCCAGCACUUCACGCGGAGCCCCUACAGCGAUGCGGCGGGGCAGCCCAUCGCCGUGCCGCCCAUGCGCCUCUUCGACACCAUGGAGCAGUUCGCCAGCUACGUCGAGACGGACGCGCUGCUGCGGAGCGCCAGGGCCGGCGUCCCCGCCGGCGAGCGCCUCUCCCAGCGCCUCCAGGAGCUCUGCGCCAAGUCCGUCGAGCAGACCAUCCACCUCGGCAGCAUCUACCAGCCCUACACCUUCUACACCGGCAGGUUCGACAAUGGCAACACGGAGGAGCUCAUGGCAGAGAUAUCGACAGAGGAGAAGGCGGUGUUCCACUUCGACGUGAGGAGCAUCGACUGGACGGAUUACAUCACCAACGUCCACAUCCCAGGGCUCAGGAAGCACGUCAUGAAAGGGAGGGGCAUCGCUGCGGAAUCGCCACCCUCCACGGUGCUCGCCGCCACCUCCACCUCCACGGAGUGA